AAAAGCUCUACUUUAGCUUUGACCCCCCCAUCCCUCUCUCUCUCAACUCCAUUAUUAUACAUGUUGUAGUCCACAUAGAACUCUUUCCAAACAAAGCAUUUCUUCCUUUCCUCUACUCUCUCCAAACAUUUGAGGAGGGGUCACUCACUCUUUCUUUAUCUCUCUGCCAACACUAGUGCUUUACAUUUGCUACAGAAAAACCCUAAAGUUCUGGUCUUGUAACCCCUCAGGUUUGUUCUUAUCUUUUGGUAUGUGGUGUUUAAUGAUCACGAAGAGCUAUUGAGAAAGAAAAGAAAAGAAAACCUACAUUUCUCAUGUGAAUUGUUUGAUUCUUUGUUCCAAUCGAUGAUAAAGCUUGGCAGUCUAUUUUGAGAUACAAUCUGUUUGUUGAUGGAGUUGGAGAUGAGAAAAACGAUGCUGAUAAUGGAGAGAGCCGUGUAUUAAACCCAGGGCUGGGCUGACUAAUGGGUUGGUUCAGUCUGAUUAAUUUAACGAGUUUGUAGUUUUCUUGAUGGCCUCGAAAUCUUGUGUCAGAACUUCACCGGAAAAGCUGAGAAAAAUGACCGGUAAUCAAUCAUUAGAAGGAAAUUCUUGUAGGCCUUCAUCUUUGCAAGUAACGAAGACGAGUAAACCCGAGCAUGUUGCACCCAAAAACUUACCGAGAAAUGUGCAUCAAGCUACCCCUAAGCAGGACAAGAACUCGCUGAAUUCUCAGCAAAAGGGGUCUUCCAACGACUUAGCUGAUAAAUUAGAUUCAAGCUUAUCUUUGGGUGAUUUGAAACAAGUACCAACAAAUGCAAGUCCUACAGUCAGUGAUUCUAGGGGAUCACUUGAGAAUGGAGCUUAUCAAGAAAAGAAAUCAUCGGAUCAUGGGACUGUAAAGGAAAGUUCGGUUUCCGCUAAAGUUAGUGAUGGGACUAGUAGCCUUGGAAAGACUAGUGGAAGUGCUAAAAUUAGUGAUCGAGUCGAUUUUGUUGAGAGUGGAAAGAGCAGUUUGUGCAGAGGUAGCACAAGCAGUGAUGUAAGUGAUGAAAGUAGUUGUAGCAGCUUUAGUAGCAGUAUUAACAAGCCUCAUAAGGCAAAUGACUCCAGGUGGGAAGCGAUUCAGGUUGUCCGAGCAAAAGAUGGGGCAUUGGGUUUGAGCCAUUUCAGAUUGCUAAAGAGGUUGGGCUGUGGGGAUAUUGGAAGUGUCUAUCUUUCGGAGUUGAGUGGCACUAAGUGUUAUUUUGCUAUGAAGGUUAUGGACAAAGCAUCACUAGCAAGCCGUAAGAAGCUACUUCGUGCUCAGACGGAAAGAGAGAUACUGCAGUCUUUGGAUCAUCCUUUCCUUCCAAGCUUGUAUACUCAUUUCGAGACAGACAAAUUCUCAUGUUUGGUGAUGGAGUUUUGCCCAGGAGGUGACUUGCACACACUUCGGCAGAAGCAACCGGGGAAGCAUUUUUCUGAACAAGCUGUUAAGUUUUAUGUAGGAGAGGUCCUCCUUGCUCUGGAAUACCUCCACAUGCUUGGGAUUGUCUACCGUGACCUCAAGCCAGAAAAUGUCCUCGUGAGGGAAGACGGACACAUAAUGCUUUCCGAUUUCGACCUCUCUCUCCGCUGCACUGUCAGCCCAACACUUGUCAGGUCCUCGUCCAUCGAGACCGAACCCUUGCGAAAGAACCCUAUUUAUUGUGUCCAACCAGCUUGCAUCGAGCCCUCUUGUAUCCAACCAUCAUGUGCGGUCCCAACCACUUGUUUCACCCCUCGCAUCUUUUCGAGUAAAUCUAAGAAAGAGCGAAAACCCAAAAAUGAAGUUGGAAACCAAGUCAGCCCGUUGCCUGAGCUUAUUGCUGAGCCAACAGGGGCACGUUCAAUGUCAUUUGUCGGGACCCACGAGUACCUGGCACCUGAAAUCAUCAAAGGCGAAGGGCAUGGCAGUGCGGUGGAUUGGUGGACUUUUGGUAUCUUUUUGUAUGAGUUAUUGUUUGGUAAAACUCCUUUCAAGGGAUCAGGAAAUCGAGCCACGCUGUUGAACGUUGUUGGUCAGCCACUUCGGUUCCCAGACUCACCCGUUGUCAGUUUCGCAGCAAGGGAUCUGAUAAGAGGGUUGUUAGUGAAAGAGCCACAGCAUAGGUUGGCGUACAAACGAGGCGCAACGGAAAUAAAACAACACCCUUUCUUCGAAGGUGUGAAUUGGGCUUUGAUUCGUUGUGCAAGCCCACCUGAGAUCCCAAAACCGGUUGAGAUUGAACGAAUUCCAGCCCCAACUGCAUCAACUAGUGAAAAAGCAGCUGUUGUAGUAGCCAAGCCUGAUCAGAAAAGUUCUGAUAAUUAUCUUGAAUUCGAUUUCUUUUAAUUCUUCUUCCUCAGGGAAAGACGUUGAGUUCCAGAGUAUUUCAGAGGCAUUGAUGAUGAUGAUGAUGAUGAAUUCAGGGUUUUUAAUAUCAACUGUUGAUGAUUCAUAUGGAUGUUUCAAGUUGUUAUAAUGAACAGUUUUCCAAAUUUGUUGUAUUGCAAAAGCUUAAAUGUUGUUGAUAUCAAUCCCUAUUGUGAUUUCAGUAAUUGAUCUCUUUUCUCUUCUCUUUUUUUGUGAAAUGAUUGAACAGUGAACUUAGAAUCUGUUUGAAGAUUUUGUACCAUGAGGAACAAAUUUUGAA